AUGUCCAUGAACAAUUCCAAACAGCCAGUGUCUCCCGUAGCUGGGUUCCUUGCAAACACAACCUGCCAGACGGAAAACCGGCUUUCAGUAUUUUUUUCAAUAAUCUUCAUGACAGUGGGAAUCUUAUCAAACAGCCUUGCCAUUGUUAUUCUCAUGAAGGCAUAUCAGAGAUUUAGACAGAAGUCCAAGGCAUCGUUUCUGCUUUUGGCUAGUGGCCUGGUAAUCACAGACUUCUUUGGCCAUCUCAUCAAUGGAGCUAUAGCAGUAUUUGUUUAUGCAGCUGAUAAAGACUGGAUCCACUUUGACCAAUCAAAUGUCCUUUGCAGUAUUUUUGGUAUCUGCAUGGUAUUCUCUGGUCUCUGCCCACUUUUUCUAGGCAGCGUGAUGGCCAUUGAGCGGUGUAUUGGAGUCACCAAACCAAUAUUUCAUUCUACGAAAAUCACAUCCAAACAUGUGAAAAUACUGUUGAGUAGCGUGUGCUUGUUUGCUGUUUUCAUAGCUUUGCUGCCCAUCCUUGGGCAUCGAGAUUAUAAAAUUCAGGCGUCAAGGACCUGGUGCUUCUACAACACAGAACACAUCGAAGAUUGGGAAGAUCAAUUUUAUCUUCUACUUUUUUCUUUUCUGGGGAUUUUAGCCCUUGGUGUUUCCUUCUUGUGCAAUGCCAUCACAGGAAUUACACUUUUAAGAGUUAAAUAUAAAAGCCAGCAGCACAGGCAAGGCAGGUCUCAUCAUUUCGAAAUGGUCAUCCAGCUCCUGGCUAUCAUGUGUGUUUCCUGUAUUUGCUGGAGUCCAUUUCUGGUGACAAUGGCCAACAUUGGAAUAAAUGGAAAUAAUUCUAAGGAGACCUGUGAAACAACACUUUUUGCUCUCCGAAUGGCAACAUGGAAUCAAAUCUUGGAUCCCUGGGUGUAUAUUCUUCUACGGAAGGCUGUCCUUAAGAAUCUCUACAAGCUCGCCAGACGCUGUUGUGGAGUGCAUGUCAUCAGCUUUCAUAUGUGGGAGCUUAGCUCCAUUAAAAAUUCCUUAAAAGUUGCUGCUAUUUCUGAGUCACCUGUUGCAGAGAAAAUAAAUCAGCAAGCACCUAGUUUAAUAGGACAGUAA